AUGUUCGAUGGACAUACAACACCGCAGAAGGAAGGAUUCAAUCGCCAUGGACGACUAUGGACGUCAGACUCUACCUCGUUCUCUUUGCAUACAGGAGAACUAGAUGGAAGAAUUGAUCUUACUGCCCAAGCAAGGGAAAUGUUGGAUCUGGAAUUAGCCGAGGCGCAGGGAAAGGUCAUCUGUGACGAAGGAACGUCGCCGCCAGGUGUACGUAAGCUAUGCGUUAUUGUCGGAAGCGAAAAGUCAAAGGAUGAAAGAUUCACGACACAGGACCUAGAGUAUUAUACUCUACUCGUUGCGCCCUCUGAUGAUCUCAGCACUAGUUCCUACCGAAGGGUUGGUGUUGGCAGGUUAUUGGAAAGUUGGAUCGACUUUGGCAAGCCCGAGUGCAUAGUCUAUAUAUCCUAG